AUAAACAAAUCUAGCUUGUAAUUUGCAGUGUUUGCAUCAAAAAUGCCGAUAAAGUUUAAGGAAUUACUUUUUCAAUUAAUGGUUGUCCUGUUGAGCUGCGAUGCGAUUUUUGGGAGUAACGUUCGCAUUUGGCGUCAUUUGGAGAAAAGGAAAGCAGGGGAGCAGCCUCCUGCGGGGGAGUGCAUGAAUUGUAGAUGGGGAGGACAAACUGGAGUUCAUUUCUAUACAUGCUGCAAUAACUGUGAUGAACCUGAUAAUGAAUGUGACGGGGUGGAGUAUGACAGUGCUAGCAAUGGCGAUUACUGUGGAAAAUGUGGAGUUGAUUCUGCUGAUGGAGAUGGCACUUGUAAUAAAGGUGAAGGGGAUACAUUCCAAUGCGGUGGCUGUGAUGGCCAGACAAAGAUAAAAACAAAAUGUGACUCAGUUUGGUUAUAUAGAGUCCCUGGGUUUUGCUGGGCGUGGCAGAUGUGUUUCAACAAACUCUGUAAGAAGGUGCAUGGUAGACGCCCUGGGAAACGUUCAACUGGAAAAAUAGAGUCCAUAGUAAAACGCCAAACUGCCGAUAUACGGGAUGACUUUUGUGGAGAUGGUGUUUGUAAUCUAGAUGAAACAACCACAAAUUGCCCAAUGGACUGUUGUGGUUUGUUAAACCCUGUGUGUAUAUGGGAAACAUAUUUCGCCCUCUGUUUCCCUGAUGGUUCAUGUGACAAAUGUCCGCCAUUGUGCUGCAGCGAGCCUACAUGUUGCGGUUCAACGAUUAAUAACACUACUCAAGCUGGUAUAAUAGAGCAAGAAGAAAUGACUGGACAUGUUACAACAAUGGAAACAAAGAACUUAACAGAUUCAGGUACAAGAACGAAACCAGGUGGAAUAACAGAACAAGUUACAACAAUGGAAACAAAUAACUUAACAGAACCAGUUACAGGAACGGAGCCAGGUGGAAUAACAGAACAAGUUAUAACAAUGGAAACAAAGAACUUAACAGAACAUGUUACAAGAACGGAGCCAGGUGGAAUAACAGGACAAGUUACAACAAUGGAAACAAAGAACUUAACAGAACCAGUCACAAGUACAGAACCAAGUGAAAUAACAGAACAAGUUACAACAAUGGAAACAAAGAACUUAACAGAACCAGUUACAGGAACGCAACCAGGUGGAAUAACAGAACAAGUUACAACAAUGGAAACAAAGAACUUAACAGAACCAGUUACAGGAACGGAACAAGGUGGAAUAUCAGAACAAGUUACAACAAUGGAAACAAAGAACUUAACAGAACCAGUUACAAGUACAGAACCAGGUGAAAUAACAGAACAAGUUACAACAAUGGAAACAAAGAACUUAACAGAACCAGUUACAGGAACGGAACCAGGUGGAAUAACUGAACAAGUUACAACAAUGGAAACAAAGAACUUAACAGAACCAGUUACAGGAACGCAACCAGGUGGAAUAACAGAACAAGUUACAACAAUGGGAACAAAGAACUUAACAGAACCAGUUACAGGAACGGAACAAGGUGGAAUAUCAGAACAAGUUACAACAAUGGAAACAAAGAACUUAACAGAACCAGUUACAAGUACAGAACCAGGUGAAAUAACAGAACAAGUUACAACAAUGGAAACAAAGAACUUGACAGAACCAGUUACAGGAACGGAACCAGGUGGAAUAACAGAACGAGUUACAACAAUGGAAACAAAGAACUUAACAGAACCAGUUACAAGUACAGAACCAGGUGAAAUAACAGAACAAGUUGCAACAAUGGAAACAAAGAACUUAACAGAACCAGUUACAGGAACGGAACCAGGUGGAAUAACAGAACAAGUUACAACAAUGGAAACAAAGAACUUAACAGAACCAGUUACAGGAACGGAACCAGGUGGAAUAACAGAACAAGUUACAACAAUUGAAUCGAAUAAUUUAACUGAUUCAGGUACAAGAACGGAACCAGGUGGAAUAACAAUACAAGUAACAACAGCUGAACCAAUGAAUUUAACUGAUUCCGAUACAAGAACAGAACCAGGUGGAAUAACUGAACAAGUAACAACAAUUGAACCAAAGAAUUUAACUGAUUCGGGUACAAGAACGAAACCAAGUGGAAUAACUGAACAAGUAACAACAAUUGAACCAAAGAAUUUAACUGAAUCAGGUACAAGAACGGAACCAGGUGGAAUAACAGAACCAGUUACAACAAUUGAACCCAAAAAUUUAACUGAUUCAGAUACAAGAACGGAACCAGGUGGAAUAACUGAACAAGUAACAACAAUUGAACCAAAGAAUUUAACUGAUUCGGGUACAAGAACGAAGCCAGAUAGAAUAACAGAACCAGUUACAACAACUGACCCAAUGACUUUAACUGAUUCAGGUACAAGAACGGAACCAGGUGGAAUAACAGAACCAGUUACAACAAUUGAACCAAAGAAUUUAACCGAUUCAGGUACAAGAACGAAACCAGAUGGAAUUACUGAAUCAAUUACGACACUUGAACCAAAUAACUUAACUGGUUCAGGUACAAGAACGAAACCAGGUCGAAUAACUAUACAAACCACAACAAUCAAAGCACACAGAUCAACUGAUUCGGUUACAGGCAAGAAACUAGGUGGAUCAACGGGACCUGUUGAUAUAACCGAAUCAGUUACAACAAAUGGACCAGAUAGACAAAUUGAAACAAGUACAGUCAGGGAACCAGUUGGAAUAACAAAACAAGAUUUGACAAGUGAACAAGACCACACAAUUGCUCAAUUGACGACGGAUAAAUUAGUUACAACAACCAUACAAGCCGGUGCGUGCGAAUAUAAUGGCAAGAUACGAAAAGAUGGAAAGACAUUCAAACAUAUCGAUGCUUGCAACAAGUGUGAAUGCUCUGAAGGAAGAGUACAAUGUUCAGACAAGAAAAGGUGCUCCAGUUGCAAAUACGAACGUAAACGUCAUAAAACGGGGGAAUAUUUUUUAUCAAAGGACAAGUGCAAAAAAUGCAUUUGUAUUGCUGGGUCGAAAAAAGCUAAAUGUGAGAAUAUACCAUGUGAGCCAACAACGUGUACUUAUGGUGACAAACAAUACAAGAAAGGCAAGCAAUGGCUCUCUAUUGACAAGUGUAACAAGUGCAAAUGCAAGGAAACAGUAAGCGGUUUGAGCGCAGUGUGUAGCGAUAAUAAAUGGUGUAGAAUGUGUGUAUACAAGAAUCGUAAAUACAACGUUGGGGAUGUAUUCAAAGAGACCGAAUGCAGAAGUUGCGAGUGCCAAAUCAAGAACAAGACAGCUUGCACUCCAAUUUGUGAUUACUGUAAGGCGAAUGACAGACGAUAUCUUUCAGGGGAACAAUGGAGACACCCUGAUAAAUGCAACACUUGUAGAUGUAAAGAAGGAUUAGUUAAAUGUUCCAACCUUGGAAAAUGUAUGAAGUGUUUGGUUGGCGGAAUUACAUAUAAAUUCGGCGAAGACUUCCUGUUAGAUGGCUGUGUCGAGUGUAAAUGCGUUUCAACUAACCGUCUGGACUGCUGGAAUAGAUGUACAGGAAAGCCGCCUGCAAAUGCUACAUGUGGUGUGCGUCCUGACAUUGGACAAAGCAGAAUCACAGGGGGUACUGUUGUUGACCCAGCAUUCAGCUGGCCAUGGAUGGUUACUAUAAAGGCUCGGCUUAAUGAUGACGAUGAUCUCCGUCAUGUCUGUGGUGGUGCUGUAAUUAACAGGAACUGGGUAAUAACUGCAUCGCAUUGCUUUACCAACAAAAAGAUUGGAAGAAACCCAGACGAUUUUAUAUUAUUCUUUGGAAAGCACCAUAGGACAGAAAUAGAACCUGGUGAAAUGUCUCGAGAGGUUGAGCUCAUUAUAACACAUGAGGAAUUUGACUUAGCCAGCAAUCUAGACAGUGAUGUAGCCCUGAUUAAGCUAAAAGAGCCCCUUAAUUACACGACCCAUAUCCAACCUUUAUGUCUUGGGAAAACAAAUGCCACGUUUUGUGUUAUGGCCGGGUGGGGUUCAACAGAGAGAGGACUGAUUACCAAAGAUAUAUUCUUUAAAGUAGAACUAUCUACGUAUCUACAUCAGGUCAUCGUUCCCUUAAUUGACACCAGUAUAUGUAACAGAGAAGAUUGGAUGGAGGGAAGAAUUAGCAACAAUAUGAUUUGUGCUGGUUUUGAGAAAGGUGGAAAGGAUGCAUGUAUGGGUGAUAGUGGAGGACCAAUGUUCUGUGCAGACAAUCUUAACCAGUGGACAUUGAAAGGAAUUGCAAGUUGGGGUUUAGGAUGUGGCAUUCCUAAGAGACCCGGUGUGUACACUAAAGUGGAGAACUUUUUAGACUGGAUAGAUGAAAAGAUUCAAAUACACGGAUGAAAUCCUAAAUAUAUUAUCAAUAACUUAGUUUAGUUUAGUUUUAUCUAAAUAAAUGGUUAUGAGUUUUACUACAUGUUUAUUUUUACACCUUAUAGGGACAUAUUUAUAUACAUACUUUCGACAGAUAUCCUCGUCUAGUGUAUUGUACAUGUAGCAUCUGGUCCCUUUGAAAACGUUCAAAGUCAAAACUGAAAAGUGUUUUGAUUAAAUGUUUUGGUCCUGACAAAUUACAUCUAUAUAAAUACAUAUAUGUUAUGUUAAAUUAUUGUUAGAUUUCUA